UAAAGAUUUUUCAGAUCCUAUAAGUGCUCUUCAAGCGUCUCCUCACAUAUCUCAACCUCUGGAAGUAGAUGCAGUAUUCUGGAAAAUUGAGAGUGCCUCCUGGUUAGAAUUUAAAGUGAUAUCAGAUAUAUCAGAUACGUCUUCUGGCAUUUGUUUAGAUUUAUCAUCUUCCAGUAAAGAGAGCAUUGAAUCUCUGAUUCUUCAGAUUUUGUCUGGAUAUAUUCUAUUUCAGGUUGCGGAAUAUCUUUUGUAG